ACGAGUUGAUACAUGGCCCAUUGAGUCUCAGUGACAUUCGAAGUUCUACGCCAGAUCAUUUUUUUUUUUUCGAGAAGAAGAGACGGUGUAGUGUCUGCGAGGCAAAAGCAGAAUGUGACUCGACGUGAGUGAUAAACAAUCUUUGCAGUUCAGAAGCGAAUAUCUCCUGGAAAUAUAUCUCCAAUUGUCAGUAGAUGUUCAUAAACUGUAAGAGCUCUCCAUUAAUUUUCUGGUGAUUUUCAAAUGAUUCCGUGAAGUGGAGACUGCCGUCUGUAAUAAUAGUGUGAAAAUAGCGUUUAUUUAUAAGUCCACGAUGGCUCUCGGCAGCAAAUGCCUGUGGUACAUGAUGCUGGGAUGUUUCAUUGUACUUGGAAUGUCAGGAGUCGUUGUCUGUGCAGCAGCUAGUUUCUUCACUUAUCAGUUCCAGGAAUACAGUUAUCACGAAAUCGAUGUUCAAAAUGUCAUCGUAUCACCGGUAGUUUUAAUCACCUUUGGGUUACUUACCUGCCCAUUGGCUGGUUACUUUUGGUGGGUCGUCGAUCGCAAAUAUAAUCGCUCACAAUUUUUCUUGUUCACGUUUUCGGUAGUUGUUCUAUCGAGCGUAGAGUCAUUUGCUGGUGUCCUAGCGAUGGUAAAACACCAUGAGUUGAACACGAUGUUAUCAACAAGCCUGGAGGACUCUUUAAAGUCCUCGCCACGUUUUCCACCUCCAGACCCGACAUUUAAUCAUACGGAAAUAAAGGUGAAUUGUUGCACCUCUCAGGAGAUUUCACAGGGUGAAAUUACGCUGUGGCUCUGCUGCGACUUUGAGAGACACGAAAAUACAACGAGAAUCAGCUGCGAGGAAGUUUAUGGCACUGAGUGUAGGCACUUGACAAUCAAUCGAUAUCAAUCGAUUUUGAUUCACGUUUUUUUGCUGGCAUUGAGCUCCGUGACGUUCCAGAUUCUGGUGAUUCUGAUAUUUCUAUUCUACACGAGACUGAGGAGGAAGCAGAAAAAAAAUAGAAGAAUUUUAUUCCAUCGACAAACAUCAGUGACUUAAUCAAGUUUGCAACCUUUUAAAAGUGAAAGACUCAAUAUUGCAUUGAUUAACAAAUAAAUGAAUCGCGCGUGAAUCAUCGUAACAACAUAUAAUUUGUUAAUGACGCCACAGGGGAAUUCCUCGGAAAGACUAAUCUACGUUAUGAACUCAAUGACACAACUAUUACUCAUCCAAUAAAACUCGGAAUAAAAAAUUCCAUUCAGUCUAUUGGAAAAGAUGUUACAAAAUAAUUCUGUUUAUUUCAUCUGCCAUCUUCACUUUCAAAUGAUUCUAAAAAGAAUUAGUAAUAGAACUCUAGGCUCAUUACAAGAUCAUAUUUAUCAACAAGAUAUUUAACAAUGCAUUGAAUUAAUUAGUAUGGUAAUAUACCGCCGAUAGCUGAAAUGAUUAUUCAUGGAAAGCGUUGGAAGAUUUUUUUUCAAUUUUAUUACAACUAUCGAAUGGCCUCAAAGUGUCUUUUUCAUAUUGAGGAGCGCAUCUAGUGUGGAACUAUAAAAAUUUUUUUUUUAUACUUCCAUCGUCUAUAUCUUUAUAUAUAAUAUAUUAAAAUAUCAAGGGCGUAUGUCACGUUGUUUUUUUAUGCAGCUUAACAUCAAUAUUAAUAUCUAUAACAAUGACAUCAAUCUUUUAAUCAUAUUAUUUGAGAAUAAAAAUUCUUUUUUCUUAAAACUAGAUUUUUCAAAUUUCUUUUCAAAAUCUUCUUUUUAGUUUUUCGAUGGUAUGCAAACUGUAAUUUUACCAUGAUUAAAAAACUAUCAGAUUUUUAAACAAAAUGAUAAUUUUUUUGUUAAGAUUGCCGGUUCCUUGAAUUUCAAUUUUUUUUUCACAAUUCUGGGUCAUGCAUACACAACACCUACUUCAUCAAUUUCUUUUUUUUAUAUAUAUAUAUUAGGCCCUGCAAAGGAGAAAACAUAAUUUUUUUUUAAAAGUUUAUUAUGUAUUCAUUAUUCACGAACAAAUAUAUAGUGAAAAUGAAAAAACAUGUGAUUUUUGUUUGAAAAUUUUUCAAAAAUCAUUUUUUUUAGGCAGUCUCAAUAGGUGGGCUCUUUAAAGUAGUUUAUGAUUGAUUAAAAAACGAUGUUCUGGGUAAAUUCGGAGAUAUCUCUUUUUUAAUUAUUUGUACAAGAUAAAGCGAAGGUAAGAGUCACACCCGUGAGGUAUCGUGGUGGGGUUUUAUGUGGACUUUCCUAAAGGACUCAAAGACCUCGACAGUACAAUUUGCACUGUGAGGAGUGCCACAUCGUGUGAUUCCAGCGAUAAACGUAUUUCAAAAAAUUUUUAUUUAUUCGUAAAUAAACCCUAUUAAUAUUUAUACAGUGAAUUAAUACAAAUUCAUAAUGAAUUGUGGAUACAGUUGUAUGAAAUAUCUUCUCUUUAUUUUCAACUUGAUUUUUGUGGUAAGUAAUGGAAACACUUUCUGUCGAAUCUGAAUAAA